CCGCGUUUUCCCGGAACCCCCGCGACUCGCGCAAAUCGCCAUCUCUGUUUGCCCAUGUUGCUUGUCCCCAGGUUUCCACCAGGCACGGGAAUCCCCAGAAGCAUCUUCCAUGUUCCAACCAUGGAAGCCAAAAGCUACCUUCCUUGAAAAGUCAAUGCCCCCUUCCCCCCUCUAUCUCACUUGUUUGCAAAGUCUCUUAUAGGCACACUAUCUAGGAGCUUGGGGCAUUAGGUGCGAAUCAGCACAUGUCACAGAACCUGCAAGAGAAACAUUUUGGACACGGUUUGGUCUUCCGCCCUCACUUGACCACCACGACUUCAUCGCACCACCCCCUCGCCCCCGUCACCCAUAAUGGAGCAACACCACUAUAUGACCUUUCGCCCCGUCUCGGACCUGGAACGCCGCGGACCCAGCAGCUACGAGGAGCUCAUCGCCGACGUCGCGGGCGGCAACACGGCGGUCGUGCGGUGGACGCACGCGCCGGACGACUCCGACUUCGACGACGACGCCGCCGCGUUCGAGACAAUCCGCCGCGCGCUCCGGAGCGGCGAGGACAACGACCCGCGGCGCCUGCGCAAGGUCGCCGUCGACCUCGCCGCGCUGCUGCCGUCCGCGCACGGCCGGCCCUCGGACGCCGUCCUGGGCUCCCUGUGGGCGCUGUUCGUCUCGCUGGCGCGACAGACGCCGUCGGGCAACAUUGCGAUGCUGGACCUGGUCGUCAUACUGGACCACCUUGCCUCGUCCCCGAGGACGACGGCGACGGUGACAGUGGACGGCCUCGAGCAGCUGAGUCGUCUCCACGGCCUGGACAAGUGCAUCCGUGAGAGCAUGGCUUCACCCUACCAGUCCCCCGACAGAAUGGACACGCUCGCGCGCUGGAUCAACCUCAACGCCUUCGCCGCCCUCCUGUGGUCCUACAACCUCGUUGACGGCCGCGACUUCGCCGUCCGGCAACUCCGCGCCGCUUUCGAGGACCGCCGCUCCUCAGACGCCGCCGACAGGGACGCCGCCGACGCGCGGCUCAUGGCCGCCGCGCAGUGGGCCAUCCACCCGUGCCAGCGGCUGUACCACCUGUCCGUGACGUCGGAUGCGGCGGUGGCGUCGUCCGGCAAGGGGCCGGCGGCCGCGGCUGAGGAGAGGUGGAAGGCCGGGCCGCGGUUCCGAGGCCGCGCCGGGUUCUCGUUCCGGCGGUGGGAGUUUUGGCAGCAGGCCUUUGACGAGGCGCGCGAGUUCGGGGGCGGCAGCAUCGAGGCCAAGGUCGAGGCCGGGGCGGCGGCGGGCAUGAUGGAGCAGGUUCUCUACGCCGGGUUCGAGGUGUAAGGCUCGGAGAGAAUCCUGUGGGCGAGCGGGCGCCACCGGGAACGACGAGUGUUUUUUUGGGGGUUUUUUUUAGCCUUCUGAUGGCGAAAUGGGAGGACGCUUUCUACGAACUUUAUCCAAUGGGCUAAAUUGGGCUAUCGCAAGAACAAAGUUGAGGGUCUUGUCAGAAGGAAAACACAUGCUGAAGGCCUGUUCGACGGGGGCUGGUGCUUGAUGCCCUCACGAAGAUAGGUAAACAGCUACCUCUAUCCCUGGUGUCGUUUCACUGCAGUAGACCUCAUAUACGUGUCGUUCGGUCGAAAGAAAAGGAGUACUUUGGACGUUACUCAGUUCGUCCUCUUGCUUCCCGGCACGCAUGAUUCUUGAGCAGUCCACCACGGACCAACCUGAGAAUACGGCCGGCCGAUUCCUGCCGCUUCUUUUCAAGAUCUAUCUCUAGUGGAAUUGAAAAAUACCC